AUGGACCUCACUUCAGCGGAGAUUGACCUGGUCGCUGCCGCCAAGACCACCAUCCAAUCAAUCCCUCCAUCGGACAUCCAUAGCGUUGCCUCCGCGACCCUGUCCGCAGACGGCCGAAUAUUCUCGGGCUUGAACGUCUUCCACUUUACUGGGGGUCCCUGUGCUGAGCUGGUGGUGCUAGGUACUGCUGCCGCCGCGAAUGCCACAACGUUGAUCAGCAUCGUGGCUGUUCGCGCCGGGACUGAUGGCGAAGGGGAAGUCUUGAGCCCUUGCGGUCGGUGUCGACAAGUUCUGUGGGAUCUGCAGCCGGAGAUUAACGUGGUAGUGUCGACAAAUGGACAGCUGAAGUCGAUUCCCAUCGGUCGGCUUCUACCUUACGCGUAUGAGUACAAAGAUUGA